GCAGAGCAUUUAGCAAGAAGAAAACUUUCUGCUGGUUCCUAUGGUCACUUCCAUCUCUCUCGUCGACGUGCAGAGCCGAAGAUUUCGCUGGGGGAGUUGAAGUGGACACUGGAGUUUUGCUGGCGUAAAUGGCACUCAGAACUCCGAGUUUACUAACAAUGGUCCGAGCUGAGGCCGCAAAUUUUAAUGGUCUACCUCCUCCUCGCUCUUCCAACUCAGUGCCUCAUCUCUCAUUCACGAAGCCAUCUUGGGUUGUGAGGACAGAGUCAAAUGUUCGGAAGAAAAGAAGAAAGAAGCCAGAUCCUCCUUGUGUAGUCUGUGAGGGGAGUGGAAGGGUUGAUUGUCACCAGUGUCAUGGAAAAGGGAGGACAAACAAUGUUGAUUCAGAAAUGCUCCCAAAAGGUGAAUGGCCAAAAUGGUGUAGGACUUGUGGUGGAAGUGGCCUUGAUUACUGCUCCCGCUGCCUUGGGACUGGAGAAUAUAGAUAUAUUAUGGGCUUCCAUUUCAUGAAAAAGGACGAAAUUCAAUCCUAAGAAAACAAGUCUUAGGCACUGGCGUUAAUCUGAAAUUUUUCAGUCCACCCCCGGAGUACUACCAUUUAAAAUGCAAACAAAUGAAGAGAGUAAUAGACCUUGCCUAGCUGACUCUUCUCUACAGUGGAGUCAGUGGCAGUUGCUUGAUUCACUUCUCCCUACUGGUGGAUUUGCUCAUUCUUUUGGCCUUGAAGCAGCAGUUCAGUCCCACCUGGUGUCUAGUCCUGAUGAACUUAAGACUUUUAUUAUCCAUGUUUUGGAGAAUACUGGAAGCUUACUCCUUCCCUAUGUGUACUCAGCUGCCUUGUCACUGAAUUUGGAAACCUGGCACAGGCUUGACAGAAUGUUGGAUGCUACCUUAACCAAUGAAGUCAGUCGAAAGGCAUCAAUCUCGCAAGGAUCUGCACUGAUGAGGGUGGCUUCAGCCAUGUUCUCCGAGACUCCCUCUCUUAAAACCAUGAGGGAUACUUCUCUUCGGUCAGGGUCUGUAUGUUUUCACCAUGCUCCAAUAUUUGGACUUAUAUGUGGAGCACUUGGAUUUGACAUUACUGUUUCUCAGAGAGCUUACUUGUUCAUCACAAUGAGAGAUGUAAUUUCUGCUGCAACAAGGCUGAAUCUGGUGGGACCUCUUGGGGCAGCGAUGUUGCAGCACCAGAUUGCACCUAUAGCUGAAAAUAUAUUGGAAAAAUGGUUGAAUCGUGCGGCAGAGGAAGCAUGUCAGACAGCUCCUCUGUUAGAUGUUGUGCAGGGCUGCCAUGUCUACUUGUUUUCUAGGCUGUUUUCCUCUUGAAAGGCACGAAGAGUUCAGCAUACUUGACACUUCUGAGCACUCGGAAGUGUGAAUGAAAAUUGCAAAAGGGGCGCC